AAUCAAAUGCGUGUUUAUAAAAAGAUAUGAAUUUCAAUUUACCCAGAAUACACCACAAAAUUGCGGUAAGAAGAACUAGUUGUAGUAGAAACUAUUCGUUCGAGAGUCCAAGUUAUUUACAGUUCUUAAGCGGGAGAUAAACUAGAAAUCAGAAUGGCCAGAACUAAACAAACUGCUCGUAAAUCAACUGGUGGUAAGGCACCAAGGAAACAGCUAGCCACUAAGGCUGCAAGAAAAAGUGCACCAUCAACUGGAGGUGUAAAGAAACCACAUCGUUACAGGCCUGGUACAGUUGCUCUCAGAGAAAUUCGCCGUUACCAGAAAUCUACUGAGCUGCUUAUUAGGAAAUUGCCCUUCCAGAGACUUGUAAGAGAAAUUGCUCAGGACUUCAAGACAGAUCUUCGCUUUCAAAGUGCAGCUAUUGGCGCUUUACAGGAAGCCAGUGAAGCCUACUUGGUAGGUCUUUUUGAAGACACCAACCUUUGUGCUAUUCAUGCCAAGCGUGUCACUAUCAUGCCUAAAGAUAUCCAGUUGGCCAGGCGAAUUCGAGGAGAGCGUGCCUAAUUUUCUUUUAAUGCACAUUUUUUAAGAAUAUAUAUAUUUGACAGACAAAAUAGACAAUUUUGGAAAAUUUUAUUUCCUGUCCACUGUGUAUUUGGACGAGUAAUUCAAAAUUCUUCAUGGAUACGGAAUACUGAAACAUACAAAUUGGAUAUUCUUUAUUAAAAAAUAUGAAAUGGAGAAAUAUGCUGUCAUUGCAUCUUUGGUUGUAAUUUGCUUUUAGUUGUGUGGUCAGGUAAUAAAAUAUUCCUUUGACAUAAAAGUGCAGCAGCAGCAUCUACUUUUCAUAAUAUAUAUUACAUGACCAUAAAAUCUCAGUGAAAAUUUUUAAAUGUUGUCGGAUUUCUUUUGAUGUCAAUGUUUUCAAUUAUUCACGUUCAACAUGUUUGUAAUCGUAGUCUCCAUAAUUCAUCCUUUCAUUUUGUAGCAUGUGUACUUCUGUUUUUCUUUGCUGUAAAAUCAGUUUUUUAAUUUAUUUUAAAAUCAAAUGGAGAACUGGGUCAAUGCUCUUUGUAAGUCAUCAAAUCAUAAUUAGUCAUUGUAUGAACAUAAGACAUUUAUCUGAUCAUCAUAACUUCAAAAACAAAACAUUGUAAUUAUUGCUGGUAGGUUUAAUAAAUGUCUUAGUUAAAGUA